AUGCAUAUAUCUCUGUUUAUUACUAUUAUUCUUACAUUUAUCCAGUCGAUUUUAAGUGCACAUGUUGAAGAUAAUCGAAUUGUUAUUGGAUCAAGUGUGGGUGGUGUGCUCGGUUUGAUAAUCUUGAUCCUUGAUCUUAUUGCUAUUUUUGAAUUACUCAAAUCAAGUAGUCAUGGUUUAUGUUCGAAAAUUAUUUGGAUUUUAAUUAUUAUCUUUUUUCCUAUUGGUGGUUUGAUUUUAUAUUGUUGUUGUGCUCGAUCUAAUACAGUUGAUGAAAUUGUUUAA